AUGAGCGACGAAAACAAAGAUGUGCUGCGCUUCGCAGCCGAGUACGCGGAGAAGAACGUCGACCUGUACGACCUCCUCGGCGUAGAUGCCCUCACGUCAAAAGACGACAUCCGUCGUGCCUGGCGCAAGCGCUCGCUCAAGUACCACCCCGACAAGGCCGGCGACAACUUCGACCCGGAGAAGUGGGAGUUAUUCGAGCGAGCGCGCGAUAUCCUCGCCGACGACAACGCACGUGCAACCUACGACGCGUCCAUGAAGGCCAAGCUGCUGCGGCGGCAGGAGCGCGAGGCUAUGGACAAGGAGCGCAAGCGAUUUGCCGACGACCUCGAGGCGGCCGAGAACGCCGCGCGCCAGCAGCAGCAGGCCAAGCAGCAGCGUGACACGGAGAUGCUACAAAAGGAGCGCGAGAGGCUGGCGGAGCUGCAGCGAAUGCGCGACGAGGAGGCUGCGCGCCAAGCCCAGGCCGCACAGGAGAUGGACGACAUGGUGGAGGCGCGCCGUCGCCUCAAGGAGCGGAAGGAGGAAAAAGCAAAGAGAAGGGAAGCCAAAGAGCGGAUGAAAGCCAGCUCUGUGUAUAACAAAAAGGCUAAGGGUCCCGCAAAUGGUGCCGUAGAUGUGCCAGGUGACUUCGUUAUCGAGAUUGAUGGCGGCCGGAAGAUGUACUGGGAGCUCGUUUGCGACAAGCUCCGAGCACGGCAGGCAAUAUCCGACAUGGGCAAGGAGGAGAAGCCAGAUCCACAUGACGCCAUGGACGCACUACAACAAAUCAUGACUACAGCCAAGCAGCGAAUUUACGAUGCUGAGCUAGCAUAUCAGCGCGAAACCGGAACAGCCUGA